AUGGCGGACAGCGCACCACGAGUCGCUUCCAAGGAGCGUCGCGAACCCGCCGUGACCGUGGCCAAGAAGGCCGCGCAGGUCGCGAAGCUCAUCCAGACUAGCAAGCACCUGAUUGCCUUUACCGGCGCCGGGGUGUCUACCUCUGCUGGCAUCCCUGACUUUCGGGGACCAGAUGGCAGUUGGACACUGCGCGCCCAGGGCAAGCCACGCACCAAGGCCGCCGACACCCUCAAGGCCAUCCCCACGGCGUCGCACAUGGCGUUCGUCGAGCUGCAGAACCACGGGGUCCUCAAGUAUCUCAUCAGCCAGAACUGCGACGGGCUACACCGGCGCAGCGGGAUUCUGCCUGAACGAAUCUCGGAGCUCCACGGGAACAGCAACCGCGAAACAUGCAAAGGGUGCGGCGAGGAACACCUCCGCGACUUUCGGGCCGUCGCGUCCUACGAGCACUCUGAUCACGAUCAUCGCACAGGCAGGAAGUGCGCCCUGUGCAAUGGUGACCUCCACGACAGCAUCAUCAACUUUGGGGAAGACCUUCCCGAGCCAGCGCUCUCGCUGGCCAAGGAACACGCCCGCGAAGCCGACGUCUGUCUGGUGAUUGGGAGCUCCCUGACGGUGACGCCGGCCAACGAGAUACCAGAGAUGGUGGGCGGGCGGAGGAGCGGCAAGCUGGUGAUAUGCAACCUGCAGCAGACACCGAUUGACAGUUUGUGCGAGGUGCGAGUCUUUUCGGAGGGCGAUGUGUUCAUGAAGAGCGUCAUGGAGCAGCUCGGGCUGACCAUUCCAGGGUUCAUCCUGAGGAGACGGUUGAGCGUUAAGGUCGAGAGGCAGGAGGAAGAGCGGUACCGGAUGACGGUGGGCGGCAUCGACACGGACGGCACACCCAUGUCGUUUCUGCAGUCUGUCCGCCUCGAGGGCAGCCGGCGUGGAGCGAGGAGCGAGCCGUUUGUGCUGCUGUGGAGGGAUCGGCUUCGGGGUGGCGACGUGCUCCAGCUGGAAUUGGAGUUCAUGGGGCAUUACAACGAGCCGAAGCUCAGGGUCGACCAUGUGCAUCGCGAAGAGGAGGAGACGAUUAACCAUGUACUCGAGUUUGACCCACUGACGGGGGUUUGGGCUGUCAACAAGGGGAUCUGA